CUGGGCAGUUCUGGUCCUCUGCGGCUUCCGUCUCAGAGCGCGCCCGGAAGGCGGCCCGCGGUUUGGGGUCCCGGAAUCCGGGACCUGGCUGGAGAUGGAGUUCGACUGCGAGGCCGUGAGACAGCUCCUUGGCAAGGUGCGAACCGCCCGCCGAGCCAGUACAAGUUCAGGGAUCUGACUGUGGAAGAACUAAAGAAUGUAAAUAUGUUUUUCCCACAUUUCAGAUAUUCCAUGGAUACCUACGUUUUUAAAGAUAGUUCCCAGAAGGACCUGCUGAAUUUUACUGGCACUCUUCCUGUGAUGUAUCAGGGUCACCAGUAUAACAUACCAGUUCGUUUCUGGAUUUUGGAUUCUCAUCCUUUUGCUCCUCCCAUUUGCUUCCUGAAGCCAACAACAAAUAUGGCAAUCUCAGUUGGAAAACAUGUGGAUGCUCAAGGCAGAAUAUACUUGCCCUAUCUCCAAAACUGGAGCCAUCCUAAAUCUGUCAUUGUUGGAUUAAUUAAAGAAAUGAUUACCAAGUUUCAAGAGGAACUUCCCCUAUAUUCUCUGCCAUCAUCUGAUGAAGCUCAGCAGGUAGACUUGCUGGCCUAUAUUGCAAAAAUUACUGAAGGUGUCUCAGAUAUAAAUUCAAAGAGUUGGACAAGUCAUGAGAACAAAAUAGCCAAUAAAAUUACUGUGGUUGGAGGUGGAGAGUUGGGUAUUGCCUGCACAUUAGCAAUUUCAGCAAAGGGCAUUGCAGAUAAGCUGGUCCUUCUGGACUUCUCAGAAGGGACUAAAGGAGGCACAAUGGACCUUGAUAUCUUCAGCCUGCCUAAUGUGGAGAUCAGCAAAGAUUUGUCUGCCUCUGCUCAUUCCAAGGUGGUGAUCUUCACAGUCAACUCUCUCGGUAAUGCUGAGUCCUACCUUGAUGUGGUGCAGAGCAACGUGGAUAUGUUUCGAACCCUCGUCCCUGCUCUUGCACAUUACAGUCAACAUGGCGUCCUGAUCGUUGCGUCUCAGCCAGUGGAAAUCAUGACUUAUGUGACAUGGAAACUGAGUACAUUUCCUGCAAAUCAAGUGAUUGGAAUUGGAUGUAAUCUGGACUCACAGAGAUUACAAUAUAUUAUCACAAACAUUUUGAAGGCACAGACUUCCGGCAAAGAAGUAUGGGUUAUUGGUGAGCAAGGAGAAGACAAAGUGCCCACAUGGGGUGGACAAGAAGUAAUAAAUCACAGCUCUCGGGUACAGCUGUCCAACAGAGCCGUGGAACUGUUAAGGGUAAAAGGUCAGAGAUCCUGGUCUGUGGGACUGUCAGUAGCUGACCUGGUUGACAGUGUCAUAAACAAUAAGAAGAAAGUGCAUUCCGUAUCCACUUUAGCAACGGGAUAUUAUGAUAUAAAUAGUGAAGUGUUUUUAAGUUUGCCUUGCAUCCUCGGAACCAGUGGGGUAUCUGAAGUCAUCAAAACUGACGAGAAAGAAGUUACAGUGACUGAGAAACUCCAGAGCAGUGCAUCCUCAAUCCAUGAUCUCCAACAACAGUUAAAACUUUGAUUUUCAAACACUGCUACCUGAAAGGAAAAGUCAUUUAAUUUCACCAACAUAUAUAGGUUUGAAAACUUCUGUGUCUUUUAUUUAUCUUUACAAACUGUUUGGUUAAAGUAGAUAGUUUCUUGGUUAGUUCUGUAAUUUAAAUCCUUAAAGAGUUAGAUAAGGAAGGGGAAAAAAAUCUAUUUAGGGGAGGUUCUUGACAAAUCUGUAUUCUUUUUUUUGUUUGUUUUUUGGUACUGGGGAUCGAACUCGGGACAUCGCACUUGUGAGGCAGGCGAUGGAACCACUGAGCUAAAUCCCCAGCCCACAAAUCAGUAUUCUUUAAACCUAUAGCUGGGAUAAAUAUUCACCUGUUGUGUGCAUCAUUUUAAAUUUUGUAUUCUAAACUUAAAGCACAUUCAGCACUUUGGAAAUAUCCUGAAAAAAAUACAUUUAUAAUAAACAUGAUAAGCUGAAGGCCCAGGAUGGGCCUUACUUACAAAAUUCAGAAGAUUCAUAAUGUAGGGUAUUUAUUUCUUUUGCAAAAUACAGUUGGUAGAAUAGAUAAGCAUUUUGUUUUCCUCCUUCAAAUUCAUUAAUUACCAAAAACUAGAAAAUAAUUUUGUAUGUAUUUAAAAAUAAUAAAAGGGAAAGUAAAACUUUUUAAUAUUAUAAAGAAAAAAGUAUUUAUAAUGGAAUUUCCUUUCUGAAAUUUUCUAUAACUUCUUCCUCAGCCAUAUAAGAUCCCCAACAUGUCAUAAAUUUACUGUGAUAUAACUAAAGCAUAAAUAAAUGUGCAUUUUACUCUGAAUGAAAGUCAAGCAGUUUAUUUUGAAGUCAAUAUAUGAGGCUUUCAUAAAAACCAUUGGUCUUAAGGGAGAGAGGUUGAAUGGACUGAUGGUUCUGAGGAAACCCUUUAUCAUUCCAGAAGAAGGAUUCAGAACACAUAGGCUUUGUGUUGAUCGAUCAAUAGCAAUAUUUUCACCAGGCGCUAGCGGUGAAUAUGCCUGGACUGGGUACAAGCCCUCCUGGUCCUUACAGUCCACUGUGGUAAACACAGUAAUCAAAUCUCACAAAUAAAUGUCAUAAAUAUUGUGAAGAAAUCCAAAGUGUUUUGGAAACAUGUAAUAGGUGAAACAGUCUGGCCAGGAAGAUAUGAGCCAAAUAAGGGCAGACAUAUCAUAGGUAGAGAAGAAAUAGACCCAGAAAUGCUUAGUGUAAUAAUUGCUAGUUGUAAUGAUGAACUUACACUAAGUGGAAGGUGAAAUUCAGUAUCCCAUGUUUAAGAAAGUAUAAAAGUAAUAUGCUUGGAAAGAGUCACACCGAUUUUACUGGAUAAAAACCUUGGACAUUUGGGCUGGGGAUGUAACUCACGAGUAGAACAUGUUCCUUACAUAUGCAAGGCUCUGGGUUCAGUCACCAGCCCUGCAAAAUGAACAAACUGUGGCUAUUUGAAGAAAUAAACAUUAAUUCUAUCCUUUUACCCUGUUA